AUAGAUAUAAUUUAAUUAAAAACAGUAGCAGUAACAUUCCACUGGCUCUCCCACUGUCAGCUCAGCAUCACUGCUGGCUGUGAUGCUCCACUGACAUUAUCUACCAAAGAACAGUCAAAAAAACCUUCAGAUGAUUUCCUCCAACCCACUGAAGACUGUGGCACUAUGCCCGUAUGUCACCACUUAUAGUCGUGACUAUAGACCCUACAGUGAGUACCUGAGGCCCAGAACUGAAGCUAAAGCUACUCCUGCAUUCAUCAGCCCACAUCAGACUCAUCGUAAAUCCUGGCCUAUGCAUCAAUACUUCCGCGAGACCACUAACGGCACCUACGGUGGCUGGUCACAGCCUCCCCCUUUUUCCAUCUUCCCUCGCUCCUGGCGUCCAUUUGGCAUCCUCGUUCCUUCCAUGUGCGAGGCGUCUGGGGUCGUUGGCCCGUCCCUGACAGAGGCCAGGACACAGGAAGUGGGAGCUACAACGGAGACUGGGCCUGUACUUUGUAAGGAGGCAAACAGACAGCUGCACUAUGUUGUUGGUGGAAAGGCGAAUGCGUUGGAGCAGCAGGGGGCAAAAGAUGAGCCGCAGCAGAAGAUUGAUGUUCUCUACGAGGAAGGUGUGAUUGAGUUGUCAUCUCAUGUCGGUCCGGCCUGCUGUGAAGAUUUCCAUGCACCUGUCUCCAGAGAGCCCCUGCUCCACCUUCCUGUGGCCAAAGAUGCUGAAAGUUGGGAUAACAGCGCCUACUUGAGAGGCUUGGAACCAGGUAUUGGAGUGAAAAACAGCACCUUCCUUCAGCCUACUCCCAGGCAAUGUAGUUGGUGCCCUAAAUGCGGCCUCCGUCGUUGCGUGACACCACCUCUGAACCACGCACAGCCAACUCUCAACUACCCACAGCCAACUCUCAACUGCACACAGCCCAGCAGGAAGCCACAGUUGACAGAGUACCAAGCGUCGUACUGUACUGAGUGGGCCUGGCCGACAAGGCAGCAGUGACAUUCACCAUCGCCGACCCACUCUGAAUGUCAACUUAUCAAUACAAAGCAGAUUAACAAAAAAAAA